AAUCAUGCACAUUAAACUGAUAAGCGUGCGAAUAUUCCCGACUGUUAACAAUAAAAGUAUACCGAUAGUAGUAAAUGCGCUCAGUCAACAAAUCAGCUCGAACAGUCAUGAAAAUAGCCAUCCUUAUAGUCGUUCUUGUCGCCCAUGCUUACAGUUUGGAUCCGACCUCCACCAACUGCCCAAUGGCGUGCCCAUUGAUCUGGAUGCCUCUUUGUGGGUCAGACGGACACACCUACAGUAACGAGUGUGAUCUCAAAGUCAGGAACUGUAUCCACAAAACCAACAUUGUGAAAUCUUACUCGGGCACUUGUCAUCUGGACACCCUCGACUAAAAAAUGGAAUCUCACGCUGAGAGAAAGAAUACACAAAUAAACAUUGUGGAAAAUUUCA